AUGAGUCCUAAACCUUUAACAAGCAACAAUCAAAGCCCAAAUUUCACAAACAGUGUCGACCCACACAUAGACGAAAUGUCGGACCUGAUCUUUAGUUUCGAUAAUGAUAUUGAUUUGGAGCAUGGCAUGAUAAACUUGAGCCUCCAACAAUCCCAAGAUAUUAUCUCUUUACGUUCUUCACCGCCGUCAUCCCUCGCGUCCCAGUCGGGGUACGCCACGAUAUCCUACCAGGGACACAGCCCUAGGAUAGAACACCCUCCUACCGAGUUAUACAAGCCAGACGCAUCAAAACAGGAGCAAAUAAUAGACAUCAAUCAAAGGAGACAAGCAAGGCCACUAUCACCGAAUACGUCCUCAGUAUGCUCGUUGUCACUGCAGGAACUUUGCAAACAAAGCAAUACGCAACAGCUGUCAUCAUCACAUCUACUCGCAUCACAGCAAUACCCUCACUCUCCUACGCCUGAACCAACAACGCCUCGAACAAAGAGGUUCCAGAGCAAUAUGCUGUCUAUGCUCUCGCUGCUUCCGCCAGGCCGGUAUCUAUCGCCUUCUCCCAGCGUCGAAGAGCAUCAGUUUGAAGACGAAGGGGAUGUCAGAGAAUACGAUGGGGCCACCCGCUCUCCUAGUUCGCCUAUAUAUGCUUCUGCGACCUUCGACCCUUCGAAUAUCUCCUCUUCAUGUUCUUCUUACUUGUUUCUAGAAUCUUCUGAAGAUUUGAAGCGAGUUUGA